CCUAACUUGCCUCAGUCUUCGUCCUAUGCUCAGUUUAUUGCCAAGCAGGCGUGAGGACGUACUAUGUUCUGUUCCGUAAGAGCAGGCCUAUGUGCAGCGCACCAAAGAGUAUUCAGUAGAUACAGUUUUAUAGACUUGAAGCAAUUCCGCAACAUGUCAACUAAUUCAAAAAUCCCAGUUACACUUCUGGGUACGAUGGCAUUUGGGGGGAGAGCCGAUGCCGAAACAAGUGGGAAAAUGGUAAAGGCUUUUCUAGAUCGUGGCCACAAUGAAGUGGACACCGCUUUUAUGUAUACGGCCGGACAGUCAGAAACCAUAAUUGGUGGAAUGGAACUUCCUAAAUCAGGUAUGGGUUCCUACAGGGAACAUAUCAAAAUUGCCACAAAAGCAAAUCCCUGGGAGGGCAAGACGCUGAAACCAGAGAGUGUACGCUCUCAGCUGGAGACAUCUUUGAAGAGGCUCCGAACAGAGUGUGUAGACAUCUUUUAUCUGCAUGCUCCUGAUCAUCAGAAUCCUAUUAAAGACACACUACAGACCUGCAAUGAGCUCCAUAAGGAGGGAAAGUACAAGGAGCUGGGCUUAUCAAACUAUGCCUCGUGGGAGGUGGCUGAGAUAUACUGCAUCUGCAAACACAAUAACUGGGUACUUCCUACUGUUUAUCAAGGCAUGUAUAAUGCCACCACGAGGCAAGUGGAGACUGAGCUGUUACCAUGCUUGAGAUACUUUGGCAUUCGCUUCUAUGCAUACAACCCUCUUGCAGGAGGUCUCCUCACUGGGAAGUAUCAUUAUGAGGACAAAGAUGGAGCCCAGCCCCCAGGCCGUUUCUUUGGAAACAGCUGGGCUGGUGCUUACAGAGAUAGGUACUGGAAAGAGAGUCACUUCAAAGCUAUAGAUGUUGUUCAGAAGGCUUUAGAAAACUCGUAUGGCUCAGAGAAACCAACCCUGACGUCAGCUGCAAUACGCUGGAUGUACCAUCACUCCCAGCUUAAAGGAGACAUUGGUGAUGGUGUCAUUAUUGGUAUGUCUACCAUGGAACAGCUCAGUGAGAACCUAACUGCAGCAGAAGAGGGAGCUCUUAAGCCUGGAGUUGUGGAGGCUUUCAAGGAGGCCUGGGAUCUGGUUGCCCAUGAGUGUCCCAACUAUUUCCGCUAAAGGCUCACUUUGGGAUAAUGACACCACAAAAAUUGGGCGUUCACCACCUGGACUUCAACUGAUCGAUGGCUAAGAGGGUCAACAUUUUUCUUGACUUUUUCCUCUCAGGUCCAUCAUGCAUUGUGAUAAAAAAAAAAAAGUAAAUUUCCAUGUCCAAAUUAGUCAGACAAAUUUGCCUUAAUCAGUUAGUAAAGACCAGAAGAGCUGGUAGCUGAUGCACUUUUGAAUGCAAUAACAGAAGUAUUAUUGGAGAUAACCAUUUUGAUAAGCACUUGUCCUUUGAGAUGAUUUAGAUGUAAUUGCUCUAUUUUUUGAGUAUGUUUGAUUGAAUUAAACUAUGCAACUCCAA